GUUCAUAAGACUGUCGCCAAUGCUCGUUACACAACCUCUUCCAUUGCCGACUCAUCAGUUUGUAUGGUGGUUGACCGAUACUCACUUGUUGCCAUCAGUAUACCUAGUGAUACCAUGGAAAGAUGGGAUGGAAAGGUGGCUGUAGUAACCGGAGCGAGUUCUGGUAUUGGUAGAGCUAUAGCCCACACCCUGGUGACCCAUGGCAUUACAGUCGUUGGGAUUGGAAGAAAUUAUGCAGCUUUGAAGAAAGUCGCAGAUCACUGUAGAGGAAAGAAAGGGAAAUUCUACCCCAAAGCGAUCGACAUAAACAAUGAGUUGCAAGUAGUGGCUUUGUUUCAUCGUAUAAAUAUGAAACUGGGAGGAGUUUACAUCCUGAUCAACUGUGCUGGAGUGUUUGUAGAUUCUGGGCUCAUCGAUGGCAAGCCUGCAGCCUGGGGAGCUGUACUGCAGGCCCAACUGUUAGGUCUGUCGAUCUGCUCACGAGAGGCAGUCCGAUCCAUGAAACGAUUUCAACACGAAGGAACAAUCAUAAACAUUAAUAGUGCUGCGGGACAUUCCAUUCCGCUACAACCCCAUGCCUCCUAUGCACACUGUCGCCAAACACGGAGUCACUGCCCUGACUGAGCUUCUUAGGAGAGAGCUAGCAGGACAGAAGUUACCCAUCAGGAUCACAAGUUUGAGUCCCGGAUUCGUCAAGACAGAAAAGUUGGAAGCGAUUCCCGCUU